CUCUGGACGUACAAUGUUUUCAGUGAAAUUAUUUACAUUCUAGUGUUAGUUAAAAAAUGAUUUUAAGAAAAUUUGGGUUUCUUUGUGCUUUUAUUGUAUUUAGUUGAAUUAGAAAUAGGUAUUAUGUUCGGUUGUGAGAAAGUUAAACUAAUGUUAACUGAAAUACAAACAUAGACACUUUGUUAGCAAGGAAUCCAAUUAUGACCACUUAUUUUGUGGUGUUCACCUACUGCCUGGUUAUCAAAACGUACGUAUCUUCUGUGCCAAUGAAUAACUUCAAUAUUUCAAAUUUUAAACCUGUCAACUUUACUGAGUUGAGGACAAUCUUGGGACCUCAAGCUGACAACAUACUCAACCCCAUAUUUGACACUGUUAAGUCGUACGCUGGAAAGAAGUCAGCGGGGCAAGAAGAAGCAUCGGAAGAAGAAAAAGUGCCUCUUCCACAAGUGUUUAGGGACGAUCAGAAGAACAUCUUUUUUGACCUGUGGGUCAUCAGAGGGAAAGAGAACCGUCUAAUGGUAGGCGGAGAGCACAAUCAGCUGUGGGCAGCCGUCCAGAGUUCUCCGGAGAUUCAGGAUGCUCUCAACAUGGAGUUGUGGAGAUUCAUCUCCAAUGUACUGCAAGUACGAAGGGAUGAUGUGGAGAUUGUACUGUCUGACAAGCAACAGAUGGCCAGGAGAAUUGUGGUGAAAGCAAGAGCGAUAUCGGAGAGGGAAUGUCAACAACGGCUUCACGCCAACCUCCAACCGUUCACAUUGGAGGUGCAGGAAGAGGCAGAGGCCGAGGAAACCAUCAAGAGGGACAAGGUGCUGUCAUACACCGAGACUAGGUCUGAAGUUCCGACCGGCCCAGCACCAGUGUUGAGCGAAGAGGAUAUGAAUCCUUCUGAGACUCCUAACUACAUCAAGAACCCGUCCAUCCUGGACAAGGUGCUGAAGGACCUCAUGCCCAACCAGGAGAUCAUCGUGAGGGGGAGGCUGCUGAAGAAGAGUCUACCGAACUUUGUAGCAAGACCUCUCCUAGAGAACUAUCAGGGUAGCAAGACGCUCAAGUUGACGAGGAAGAUCCUCGAGGGAGUUUGGAACUCGGAUGUGGAGAAGUCCAAGAAGUUCUCUGCAGGGCCUAGAAUGUCCUGCCCUGAGAGGAUAUCAGGAUUGACUGUUAGGGACACACUGUCGGAAGACGGUUCUAGAGUGGUGGGGAGAAAAGUCUACGUUCCUAUUUUCCAAAACGAGACACAUGAUUUUCUCGAUGAACUUGAUUAUCAUGAAGUCGAGUUUAAGGCUGGGCUUUGAGAAGGAAGGAUAGACUGUUGUAAUUAAAUAUUUAAAAGACUUAUAACUGUGUAUGCGUCAAGAGAAGUCAUUUCAGCUAAUUAAGUAGGACGUUAAAGUCAUCAGUAUUAUCUUUAUCUUCAUUGACAGUAGUUUUGUGAAUCUUGCAGAAUUUAUUUCUCUGAAUCAUGAUC